GGCAACAUCUGCCGCUCACCUAUGGCAGAAGCCGUUUUCGCCCAUACCGUGGACAAGGCUGGGCUCAAGUCUCGCUUUGCCACCAUCGACUCAUGUGGGACUGGGGCCUACCAUGAGGGGGAGGAGCCGGAUGAGAGAACGGUAGCCGUCUUGAACAAGAAGGGCAUUCCCGUCAACUGUCUAGCUCGAGCGGUGACUAAGGAGGACUUCAGCCGAUUCGAUUACAUCUUUGGGAUGGACUCUAACAAUGUCUCCAACCUGCAACGGAUGCAGCCAAAGAGCUCAAAAGCAAGGGUCUUUCUCUUCGGUCAUUUCGACGACGGCAAGCCCAUCUACGACCCCUACUACGGCAUCGGCGGCUCGGGUUUCCAGAGCACCUACGAGCAGUGCGUUCGCUACUCGCGCGCAUUCCUCGAGAAGGAGCUGGGCCUGAAGGUCCCGCAGCACGUCGCUUCGCAGCUCUGAGCAUGGGAGAGUGUCACGCUAAUACCAAAUGCGAUGCUACAGAU